AUGGAAUGCGUCUUCGCGGAAGCGGAGGCGCGCCGGAGGCAGCUGGCCAGCCAGUUCGCCGCCCACGUGACCGACGGGUUCCUGCAGUUCAUCAGAGCGCCGGACGACCUGUACCCGGACCUGAACUUCACCGACAGGCGGCGCACAUUCAAUGAUCCGGCCCAUCGGGUCACCUGGAGAACGAAACAGGUGAUGGACUUCGCCUUUCUUUUCUCCUACUGUCAACCGCUUUCGGAAUUCUACAUGGUCCUCGAAGAUGACAUCAUCACCAGUCAUUAUUACCUGACGGCCAUCCGUGACUUCAUUCACAUGCACAGGGGCCACGACUGGGUGGGCCUCAAGUUCACGCAGUUCAUGAUCAUCGGCAACCUGGUGCGGUCCGCCACCCUGCCGCGGCUGGUGCAGCUGAUGCUGCUGUUCCGCGAAGAGCAGCCGGUCGACUUCAUCAUGAGUCACUUCCUGUCCAUGAUGGUGGACGCGCCGGGGCCGCCGACGCGCCGCGUGCCCUCCCUCUUCAACCACAUCGGACGCCGCUCCAGCCUGGCCAACAAGACGCAGAAGCUGGUGGACCGCAGCUUCCGCCCGGUGCCGCGCCGCUUCCACCAGCGCAACCCGCCGGCCGACGUCGUCACCAACAUGAAGCCGCACGCCGGCCACCUGGCGGCGUACGCCUACAGCGCCGCGCCCGGCCUCUUCUGGGGCGCGCUGCUGGCCGACCGCGCCGAGUGCAGCGACUGGACGCUGCUAGACGAGUUCGGCCCCAGCGGGGCGGUGGACGCACAGGCACUCGAGCGGCUUAUGCCGUUUGGUGUGCAGUGCCUGCGCGUGGAGGUCAGCCCCAAUCACACCGGCCUUGUGGCCAUCACAGAGAUCGCCCUCAUCGAGGAGCCCCCCUGA